AUGUAUAGAAACUCUAAUUAUUCAUUUUAAGAACCAAAAUAAAAAGAAAUAGAUUUUUAAGCAGUUGAUAGACUACUAGAGUACACAAAACAAACACAUUAAAAUUCGUAAAGACAGAUUUAAUAACCAGAUUAUGAUGAAAAAGAAAAAUAUAGAAAUGUUCGACCUAAUUCGUUAACUUAAAGAAUAUCUCUUUAUGAAUCUAAUUAAUAAUAAUCUAGAAGAGAGAGAUUAUCUUUUUAAGAUAUAGACUUUUGUAAAAUAGUUAUGUUUUUAAUGGCAACUGAGAUUGAGAGAUUAAGGGAAUAAUUAGAAGAGAAUUUAAAUUAAGAAUAAAUCAGAAAAAAUUUUGAAGGUAUGCAAUCGUCAAUUAAUUAAUGGAGACUUAAAUUUGAAAGAAAGUAAUAUGCUUAUUAAUACUAUAUAGAGAGGAGGAGUGUGAUUAAUUAAGAGAAGAAUUAAUGAAUUUAAAAUAAAUAAACAAAGAAAAUUAUGAAAAAAAUGCUUAAGUGUUAUACUUAUAAAUUGAAAAAUUGAAUAAUGAAAUUCAAGAAGCCUUAAUCAAUUCAAAAUAAAAGUAAGAUGAAAUUAAUUCUUUAAUUCAAUAACUUCAAUAAAAAAAAAGUUAACUUGAUUAAUCUGAUAUAACAAUUAAAUAAUUGAAAAAUGAAGUAUAAAAUUUAUAAAAUAAACAUGACAUUAAAUAUGAUUAAUUUAUAGAUGAACUUAAUAAUGAGAUUGAAAAUCUAUAACAAAAUUAUAGAAAACUAUACAAUGAUUAUUAAUAAUAUAAACAAAAUCAAAGUUAAAUGUAUGAAUAAUAGACAUAGGUACCAUAUUCUAGAAUUCAAAGUUAAUAAUAAUACAUUUUGUAAGAGAAUUAAGAAAUAAAUAUGCUUAACUUAAUGAUUUAAUAGCUUCAAAAUGAAAAUGCAAAAUUAAAAGACGACUUAUUUAAAUAGUCUAGAAGAACAGAAACUUGGUGUUGUUGA